CGGUCAUCAAGGUAGUAGAAACAGGACAUGAUUAAGAAAUAACCAAAUGGCGCUCGCUUCUCGUCCCCCUUGUUAUUUAGAGUUUAGCCAUGAUUGUCCUAGGGCUUUUGGGUGUGGGGUUCCAUCAUCGAUCGGUCGGUUGGCGGAUAUCGGGUGCUUACCUCCUCAUCAUUGUCGUCGGUAUUGGCAGUGUUUUGUUUCAUGCGACAUUACAGUUUGAGCAUCAAAUGUGGGAUGAGGUUCCGAUGGUUUGGACCGCAUGCUACCUGCUGUGGAUUCUGUUAAAAGAACACGGAUAUGAACGCCACCUGUAUGGUAUCUGCAUUGCAUGCUACUGUGGAUUGGCGACCUACGUGACCAGUCAAUCCAAGGGCACCACUCAAUUCUAUAUGUUCCAAACGUCUUUCGGAGUUGUCAUGUGGAGUUGUUUCUGGUUUGUGUGGAAAUCCUAUCGGCAAGUGCAAAAAAGCGAAGUCCGCCGACUUUUCCAUACCGGCACGUAUUAUCUCAUUGCAGCCAUUGGGGUUUGGCUCUUUGAUUCCAACCUAUGUUUCAUUUAUGACUAUGGUGUACCGAACUUUCAGCUUCAUGCCUGGUGGCAUGUCCUGAUGUCGAUUAGUCUUCAUUAUUUUUUUGUUGCAUGUGGACACGAGACCAAGCAAGCCCGAAGUGAAUGCCGUCGAAUCGGUUAUUUUAUGAACAUUAUCCCUUACGUUGAAUCGGUGGAAGCCAAGAAGUCAUAAUGCCAUUUUUUAAGGUUUUAUAGUUUAAAGCGUGAGACCCAACGGAUCGGAUAUCAUGAUCCAUUUUCAAUUUUAAACUAUUGUUUGUAUAUCGUACAGAAAAAAAAAAAACUAUUCCCUUUGGAGAUCCACAUCGACCUUUUUUUUGGGGGGAUGGGGAAACAAGAAAAAUUUAGAAAGUAUGAAGCUGGUCAUGGAUGAUUUGUUUUGAUAAACAAACUGAAAAAACAGGAAGAAGGAAAAAAAGGUCCAAAAAGCAUGUGGGAAGAAAAAGCCUAUUUUUUGGUAAUGUUGUUCAAUGUUCAUUGUUGUUUGUUGGUGAGAAAAAAAAAGUAUAAUAUUUGAAAAGAUGGGAAAUAAAAA